AUGUCUCAACCUACCACCGCCGCUAAGCUCGCCUCGGGUCAAGACCAAGUGGCUUCAUGCCAAGAUGAUCUGCUGGGCAAGAUAUCGGAGAUGGAGAAAUCUCUGGGCAAGAUAUCGCAGAUGGAGAAAUCUCUGGGCAAGAUAUGGGAGAUGAAGAAAUCUCUGGGCAAGAUAUUGGAGACGGAGAAAUCUCUGAGCAAGAUACCGGAGAUGGAGGAAUCUCUGGGCCAACUGUUUGAUUUGACAAAAUCAAUAACGGAGGAGCUUUGCUUACUACUCCCCAUCCCACACGUAAGGACAGCCAUUCCAAUUUCCACGGUGAUUGACGGCAGUCCCACCAUGAAGCUGUUAAUCUUUAUCCAAGAAAAUAAUUCCGAUGUCGUUGCUUUUCAUGAGAGUAGAAAGCGAUGGAAUCGGGUGCAAGUUGAAACUUCUAUUCGUUAUGCUCCUUUCCAUGGGAGGGCCGUGGUUGUCGGCAAGACUAUAUGUGCCUUACAUGGGGAUGAGUUUAUAGGAUUCUCUUUUAGUAUGGACAAAGGUAAUGACGAUAUUAUUGCAUACUCCCUAAGAAAAAUAUUUGCAUUGCGAGGCCUGGAGAUUGCGAGUCCGCCAUGGCCAUUUUGUGACUAUAAGACAGAGUAUUUAGUUCAUUUGGGGAACCUUGACUUUUUCCAUAUGAAGACCGGUUGUUGCGAUGUAAAUAUUGAGGUCCAAUUUCUUUGUAUCACCACAUUUCAAGUUGUUGUUGGAGAUGGAGGAAGAGAUAUGAUCAAGACCAUAAAUUCAACUGUUCAUUCUGUGGAUAUCAAGGACCUUGAUUGGUUCUGGCUUGUUUUCUGCUUUACUUCUGAUUUUGGAGAUUAUGAACCUAUUUCGGAUAAACAAGAAUGCAUUAUGGAUGAGAAUUCUUUUCUGGAUGGGGGGAAUUACACGACAAUGGCAAAGAAAGAAGAAACUAAGCAGGGAAUAGCCGCCAGAAAGCUGGAAGAAAUAGCCGCCAGGCAGCUUGAAAUAAGAAAUUAUAGGAAAAUUUGCACCUCAAAUAUGCGAAUUCAGAAGCCUCGGAGUGCCACCACCUAG